GGCCCCUGGCAGCAGCCUCUGCCCUUUUUUGCUUGCUUCGAUUUGUCCAUCGCUUACAAGAUGAUAGGUAUAAGAAUAACACGAGGAAGAAGAAUACAGGAAAGAGCACCCAGAGAGGCCCUCUGCCCAAGAAUCCUCCGGCGGGGGAGGAAAGUCAGCAUUGCCUAUGAGCCCCCAGAGGGAAAUGGGGCAGCAGAGGCCCCCCACGCCAAGAAGCAGAAAUGGGAACCGGCCAACUGGGAGCAGCAGCUGGCCAACAUCCGGGAGAUGCGGAGGCAGAGGAAUGCCCCGGUCGACCAGAUGGGAGCUGGGGCUUGCUUUGACAGGGAGGCCCCUCCGGAGGUGAAGCGCUACCAGAUUCUGCUGUCGCUCAUGCUCUCCAGCCAAACGAAAGACCAGGUGACCUCAGCGGCCAUGAUGCGCCUGCGGGAGCAUGGCCUGACGGUGGAGCGGAUCCUGGAGACGGACGAGGAGGCGCUGGGCCAGCUCAUUUACCCUGUCGGCUUUUGGAGGAACAAGGUGCGAUAUAUCCAGCAAACCACAGCGAUCCUGAAGCGGGACUAUGCCGGUGACAUCCCGGAAACGGUUGCCGAGUUAGUGAAGUUGCCUGGGGUCGGUCCGAAGAUGGCCCACCUGGUGAUGGCCAUUGCCUGGAAGAAUGUCUCUGGGAUCGGUGUGGACACGCACGUACAUCGGAUUUGCAACAGGCUGAAGUGGGCAAAAAAGGAAACAAAACUUCCAGAGGAAACGAGGCAAGCCCUGGAAGAAUGGCUGCCCAGGACUCUCUGGAGUGAGAUAAACUGGCUCCUGGUCGGCUUCGGGCAGCAGAUCUGCUUACCUGUCCGUCCACGUUGCAGCGAGUGCCUCAACAGGAACAUCUGCCCGGCAUCCAUGAAGCGCUGAGGAACACACACACACACACACACACACACACACACCCUGGCCUCUUUGUCUCGGGGCUUCUGCUGCUGGGGAGGAGUUGUUUUACGCCAGGCUGAGGCUUGGAGCCCGUCCCAGGAACUGCAGCGCCUCCCCAGACGAGGUGGUGGUGGGAACGACCGCACGGAGUCCUCCAUGCCCUCCAGCUCUGGGCACAGAAGUGCCAGGCUGGGGUUUCACGCUGCCUCUCGAGCCUCCAUGAAGAGGCUGCUAUCCAGGAAGGAUGGACUUUGCCCAGGAAGCACUUUUAAUAAAUAAGGUAUGUGGGAAGAGACUUAGGCUGGCUUCAUUCAAGUGGGGAAAGGGAAGGAAUGACUGCACAGAUCUGGUGUUUAUCUGUAUUAUACUAAAUAUUUAUAGCUGGUUUCAUCAAUUAAGGGGCAAAAUCUCUCCAAGUGAAAUGGAAACAAACCAUCCGGCAGAAUGCUUGAAGCACCAACAGUCACAGCACAGUACUGGAGAGGGACAGAUUGGGACAGCAGGGAGGGCCGGUCAGUGGGUGCCAAGGCCGGCAUCCUUUCAAGGAAGGACUGGUGCCCAAAGCAAGCGAAACUGGCGCAGCCCGGAUGCUGGAGGAGCCAAAGCCAGCCCAUUGCAGAACUGCAGUCCCCUGGGCUUCCAACAUUCCCCCCCCCCCCGGAUGAUUAAUAGAUUCAGAGUUGGAAGGGACCCAAGAGGUCAUCAAGACCAACUCUCUGCACACUGCAGGAUUCACACCACCAUCCCCAGUAAAAGAUUAAUAGAAUCCUGAGGGUUGGAAGGGACCCAAGAGGCCGUUGUAAUUGUGAGAGAUGCUGGGAACUGCCAAGUGUGCGUCUUGCCCCAAUAGCCAACUCAAGCAGGCAACCGAGUUUCAGGGUGCAAUGGGGUGUAAGAGACCAACUUAGCAUUCUUGCUCUGCUCUUGACUGGUUAGUGGGGACGCAACUCUGCAGACAAGGGCUCACGGCUGAACUAGGAUCAGAGAGGCCUUUGUCCAAAGUGCCAUGGAGAAUUGCUAGGUUCCUGAAGGAAGGAAACCAGCCAUAAAUAAGGCCGGGCUCACCCAGCCCAAGUCAACCUUGCCUGGGUUUUGAGUUUCUCUUCCUCAUACCAGAGUAGCACCUCUUCCCUGUCUGGAAUCUCCAUUCCAGGAAAGUCUAAGACGCGGGAGAACAUUUGUGACAGGGUGAAUCUUGAGAAUUGUUGGGAAAUGUGCUUGGAGGACAAGUUCCCAGGAAGGGGCAAAGAUGGAAAGAAAACAACGGCACCAACACAGCAAAGCCAUGAGAAACCAGUUUUAUUAUUGACAUUAUAGUAUACGUUUUUAAACACAAUGCUUUAAUUAAAGGAGUUCUUUUUUGUCAGUUUUUGUGUGAGAUAAUUUCUAAAAUAUGCAGAAAUCAAGUUACAGAGCUGGCAGGA